UGCUGCUGUCACCUGCUGCUGGGGCUGCAGAGCAGACACGACCUACAGUUGAGUCCCUAUUACCUUGCGAAAUACUGGACUCCUCAUGUCCAGGGACAGGACAGCGACUGGUGUACAAAGCAGUCUGCUUUACUUAUGUGAUGCAGGAGGAGUAGGCUGUGGAAAAAAUUAGCCGCCCAUGGCUGUAAGCACUAUGGACUCUGAGUCAGCCCGGACCCCUCAGCCUCAGGCUGCCCUGACCAAAGGAGGGCGCUCCCUGCUGCCUACAAGUGCACUGAGUGCCAAGCUGGGCCCUCAAGGGAAGCACUAUGUCUGCGGUUCCAUCGCAGCUUUUACCAACAUCAUUGUGACUUUCCCCAUCCAGAAGGUACUGUUUCGCCAGCAGCUCCAUGGUGUUUUAGCCACAGAGGCGAUACGGCAGCUCCAGCGGGAUGGGCUGAGGAAUCUUUACCGAGGUCUACUGCCUCCGCUGCUCCAGAAAAGCACAACAGUGGCCAUCAUGUUUGGUCUGUACCAAGACUUCUCCAGAGUCUUACUAGAACAAGCAGGUAGCAGCGGUUUGCCGGAGCUGGUCACACGCAGCUUUGCUGCAGCGUUAGCAGGAACUGCAGAGGCCAUCUUGACACCAUUUGAGCGUGUGCAGACUCUCCUUCAAGACCAUCGGCACCACAGCCGCUUCAACAACACAGCUCACACCUUUCGAACACUUCUGACGGAGUAUGGUGUCAGGGAAUGCUACCGUGGCCUUGUGCCAAUACUCCUCCGUAACGGCCCAAGCAAUAUCCUCUUUUUCGGGUUGCGCGGACCCAUUAAAGAGCAGCUCCCAGAGGCCACAAGCUGGGCAGGCCACAUGGUCAAUGAUUUUGUGUGUGGAGGGUUGUUAGGGGCAGCCCUCGGCAUUAUGUUCUAUCCAUUAAACGUGGUAAAGUCCAGAGCUCAGUCUCAGGUUGGUGGAGCGUUCCAGCCUUGCACACAAGUGCUGCUGACAGUGUGGAGAGAGAGGGGCUGCAGUGUGGCCAUGCUCUUCAGGGGCGCUCACCUCAACUACCACCGUUCACUGCUCUCCUGGGGGAUCAUUAAUGCCACCUACGAACUGCUGCUCAAGCUCAUAUGAGGGACGAGUGGUGGAGAUGAGGAAAUUGAGAUCAGAGAAAUAGAUACAAAGUAUUUAAAGGGAAAAAUGUAAAGUGUGAAAGAGUUAGUCUGUCGUGAAGAGAGAAAACCGUGAAGCCAAUGCACUUGCUGUCUGCAGUGGCACUAUGAGAGAGAGAGCAGUGAAGUUGCACUUCUGACAGGGGCCAACACUCAGUGUGAGUUCAAACAACCUGCCACAUGCCAUAAUCAUUUCCUGUUGUUAAGUAUUAAAAACAAAGGAGCAUGCUUUAGCUACACUAAACUUGUGCAAGGGUCCAAUUAAAAUGCCCUUGUUUGCUCUGUGUACAAAAAUUCAGGGGAGCAAACUGAACAGUUUUAAUCAGAAGUUACUUGACUGGAUCAAAUGUUUUGUAGAAGAUGCUGUUUCUUCAUACGUGCUGUGGUGUUCUGUAGACGGUGUCUGUCUGUUAAUUAGACCAAGAGCACUUUCUCUCUGAGGCUGUAAUGUUCCACUUCAUGGAAACACUUUUUUUACCUUUUGACCAUUUUUGAAUACCCCUAGGUUUAUUGUAAAGUCAACUGUCGGUCACUUUAUUUCUCUUUUUUUUUGUUUUCUCCUUCCUGAUUUGGCCUAUAUGUUGUGUGAUCACAAAUCGUAUUACAAUCAUUAAAAGGAUUAUUAGUGAUUUUCAGGUUCUUGGAAAUACUGUGCAGACAGGCAGGCAAUUUAAAAGUGGUUGUCAUUUCACAUAUGAUCUAACUAUACCAUUAAACUUAAAUGUUUUGUCAGAGCUUUUUUUUUUUUUGUUUAUUUUAUGAAGUGCUACUGGAUGUAUGUUAUUGGAUUUUUGACAAGUGCCCAUUGUUGUAUAUAAGUGACAGUAAAACAUACAGCCACACCCACAUCGUCUGUUUUUAUAAUUUAUUGGAAGGAAAAAAUUCUUAAUUUUAUAGGGUUUCUGUUUUAUUGAAAAAUUGCACAGAAAUGUUUGCCCUGAGUGUAAGACACAUGUUUUUUAACAGGACUUCUGCAGUCUCAGAAGAAGAUAUUUUUUUAUUGAUUUGCCUAUGCACCGUGUCUGCAUCUGUUUUUCAGCUAUUUUAUGUAGCUGUUAAGUUUGGUUUUUGACUGCAUUUUUUUUAAAUCAAAAAUGUAAUAUCUCUUGGUUUGUACAUCUAUCUCUCUCUGUGCACUUAUAUAUUGUUCCUUAUCUCACGCUUGCUCUCCUCUCUGCCUCUAACAUCUGUUGACAUAAUGGGCUCAGAUUUCAAGCUUGAGUAGUCGCAGUCACCACGCAGCCGCUCUGGCUGGGUACGACAGCCUGAAGAGGAAAGGCAUGCUGCUUGGACACUGGGAGAGAGCGAGACUGAACAGUAAUGGUGCUGAGAGAGGACAGGCGCAGAGGGUAAUGUUCACUGGCACAAAAGCUCAAGCUGCCAUGCAAAUGGAUCACUUGGCCUAUUUCUCCAAUUUUUUAUUAAGACUGUCCACAGUGGGCCGUUUCAUGAUUUUUUUUUUUUUCCAGAAUUAUCUGGGGAAAGACUUUGCAUUAAAAAAGGCUUUGAAAGCAGGACACCUGUGCAGAUGUUUAAUUAUACUGUUUUAUUGUAACAACUUUUCUCAAAAGCACAGAUCACUGAAUCUAUAAAAUGGCUUAUUAAUAGUUGUAACCAAAAUAAACAAAGUCA